GACGAAAUGUCCUUGCCAGCUUCAUAGACUUGUGACAAGACACAAAACCCUUUCCCGCGGACUUGCGGUUUCUUGCUUCAACCUCCUUUGUCGUCAGCGCAGUAGCCGGUUGCUGGCCGUCUUCUUUGCGCCUCCGAAUCUCUCUGCACCGGCUGCUCAGAAAGCCUUCCAAGUUUGUUUUUUUCCACAAAGUCGUCGUCACCUUCGACCUCCGGCGCGCAAAGCCAAGACUUGACUGCCAAAGCCUCAGCUUUUAGACUUCCCGUCCCAAACCGACGCAAAACUCAGAGCCUCCCCUGCAACCGCCAGAUUCGGAGCUGUGCCACGACUGGCUCGCAGAAUCCCAACCUUUAUUCAAAGACGAGCGCACACACACACACACACGCAUACGAACACAUACACUGCUGUUUCUCUCGCUGCCUAGGUUGCAGAGCAGGAACCACGACCAGAGGCGCGUAAUCGGCACUCCGCGAAGAUGCCGGGUUUCGCAGAAUCGUUUUGGUCAAACGACUACGCCGCAGGACUGGGCGUCCUGUUCGGCAAGCUACAGCAAGGCAUCGUCGAGAACCGGCAGGUCCUGACGAUUGCCCGCAUGCGCGCCGAAGCCGAGGAGAUCUACGGCCAGCGGCUUUCCGAGAUCGCCCCUGCGGUCGACAAGAUUCAAGGCGGGUUUGACCGCGACGAUGGCGCCAGCGUGCGCAAGGCGUACGAGGGCGUACGAGCCGAGAUGGAGGAUGCGUCCAGGAACCACAAGAAGAUUGCGCAAAACAUCCGCGACUUGGUGGUGAAUCCUUUCUCCCGCUGGUGCGAAGCCCACGAGGCCCGGAUACAAGACUCGCAAGAGGAGCUGCAAGCGCGGAUCAAAGCCCACGACAAGCAGGCCGAGACCGUCAAGAAGCUCAGGAGCAACUACUUCAACAAGUGCCGCCUCGUCGAGGACCUCGAGGAGGAGAACAAGCUGGCCUUCCAAGACCCCGAGUCGAGCCCAAAGCAGAACAUCCCGGCCAUCAAGGUCAAUCAGGACCCCGCAGAAGAGGAAGAGCCGCUCGAGAUUGGCGACGUGUUGUAUACCCCAGAACAGGUCAAGAAGAUGCUGUCGCACAUGCUCGCGACCAUCAAGAUGGGCGAGACCAAGGUUCCCAUCCUCGGGACGUACCAAAAUACCUCUGCCGGCGCCGAUAUCGUGGAAUACAUCCAGCAGCACAUGGGAGCCACCAGCGUGAGCCACGCCGAGAGGAUCGGCCAGGACUUGGUCACUCACGGCUUCCUGCGCUUGGUCGGCAACGUGGGCAACACGUUCGCAAACAGCUCCAAGAUGUUUUACCAAUGGCGGCCCAAGGCCUUCGAGACGGCCGGCGUCCCGGAGAAGAAGGCGCUCGGGAGGACCUUCUCGAUCCCCGUGGGCGGAUCAGAGAGCGGUGACUCUCCGGUGGUUGGCACCGUGACCGAGUAUUUGGCCAAGUGGGACGUCCUCAACACCUCGCGACCGAACGAGACGCCGGCCGAGCGCAUGCGCCGGGAGGCCCGGGAGGCCGACGAGCGCUACAAGGUCGCGGUCCAGAAGCUGGACGAGAUGCGCUGCGAGUUGGAGGAGGCGAUCUACAUGCACCUCAAGUUCCUCGAGCGCUGCGAGCUCGACCGGCUCAAGGCGAUCAAGACGGUCAUCCUGGACUUUUCCGGAACCAUCAGCAAUGUGAUUCCGAGUCUUCAAGCCACCGUCGACAACAUGAUGCUCUUCCAGGAGACGGUACAGCCGCUCGGGGACCUGCGCUACCUCCUGGAGAACUACCGCACGGGCAGCUUCAUCCCCAAGGUUGUGGUCUACGAGAACUACUACAACAAGGUUGACGACCAAACGUUUGGCGUGGACCUCGAGGCCCGCGCCAGGGCCGACCGGAAGCGGGUCCCCAUCAUCAUCACCACCAUUCUUACCUACCUGGACCAUCACUACCCUGAUCUCGAGGGUGACGAAGCCCGGAGAGGGGUGUGGUUGGUGGACGUCCCGCUUUCCCAGACACACAAGCUGAGGGCCAAGGUCAACAACGGACAACCGCCCGCACUUGAAAUGUUUGCCGAAUUUGAUAUACCCACGGUCGCCAGCCUCCUGAAGCUCUACCUCCUCGAACUUCCCGAUUCCCUCGUCUCCUCGCACGUCUACGAAAUCAUCCGGACCAUCUACAAUAGUCCGGCAACGGAGGGGGGUGAUGCUGCGCGCAUUCCUGUCCUGCAGCAGACCCUUUCCCAGCUACGCCUCACCAACAUCGCGACGCUUGAUGCUUGCAUGAACCACUUCACGCGCUUGAUCGACCUCACGUCGGCAGACGAAGAAUACGUUCAGAAGCUAGCGACUACCCUCGCCCCCUGCAUCCUGCGUCCUCGCACCGAGACGUCGCUCACCAUGGAAGAGAAGCACGCCUAUCGCCUGAUCCGGGAUCUCUUUGCGCACAAGGACGCCAUCUUCAAUGAGCUGAAGCGCCUGUCGACCAUGAACGCGUCUGGCUCUGGCAAGGGUAACCAGGGCCGGCCACGUGCAAUCUCCACCGACGAGAGCAACCGAAAGGCGCACAUGGAGGAGCGCAACCGGGCAAUCCUGGAGAAGGCGAGCGGUAGCCGGAGCCGGGCGACCUCGCCGGCCCCGAGCCCCCGUGCCCACCGCCGCGACAGGAGCGUCGGCGGACCCGAGACCCGGUUCCCCAUCUCGACGAGCAACAUCUCCAGCCCGACCAGCGAGCACAGAAAGCGCACCAGCCUCGGCCCUAACCUCCCCAAGCGGACCAGCCUCGAGGUCCCGGGUGAGUCGGACGCCAGCAUCGGCCUGAGCCACCCGUCCGACGGCAACUUCAUCAUGAACGGCGUCAGCGCGACCGUGGCGGCAUCAUCAUCAUCAUCUGCUGCUGCCGCCGCCGCCUCUGCCGCCUCCGCAACCCCGGCAACGCCGCCGUCCACCUCGGCCGCAACGGCGACGGACCCGCAACUGGCCAAGGUCGCCGCCGCCGCCGGGGGGCAGGAGGGCACGGUGGAGAAGCGCAACAGCCUGGGGCGGAGCGGCGCCCGCUUCGGGUCCGGCCGGCGCGUGACGCCCGCGGCCUCGGCGGCCGCGCGGACGGCCGCGCCUCCGCCGCACCACCAGCAUACGGGGAGCGGAUCCCAGUCGUCCUCACAGGCGCAGGACCACCAGCAGCAACAGCAAGGCGGUGCCCGCCAUGCGCAUCAACAUAGUGUCACGCUCGUGGACGCGCCCAUGGACGAUUGAUGAUGAUGGUUUUCAUCGGGCGGGCGGGUUCCGUCAUGUCGUGAUGAUGGAUGGAUGGAGAUAUGCAUAGACGAAAUGAUGCGAUCGAUGCGAUCCUGUGACGCUCCGAGAGAGUUGUCAUUCUACCAAGGAGAGGACGUGUAGUACCGGAGAAGAAGGACAAGAAGAAAAGACAUGAUAUCAUGAUGGCUAGCUAGCGUGCGGGCGGGAGCGAGCGAGCUGGGGCGGUUGGGUUGCUAUGUAUCUCUCUGUCUGUUCCACACAUAUCCUGUAUCGGUU